UUUUUUCACUUUUAUUUUAUUUUAUUUAUUUUCUUACUUAAAUAGAAUUUGAUCAAACGCUCUCUUAAAGCAACUUAGUUUUGCAGUUCACUCAAUUCUUAACUCUCUUAAAUUCAAUUUCCAUGGCGAACGACGCCAAAAUCAUUGUCAAGGACGAGCAACCCGACCCGAAUCUCCUCCCCAAACGCUUACCCAACCCGAAUUCCGGCCAUCCCACCGCCGUAAUCGAACUCUCGAGCUCCGACUCCGAUUCCGACUCCUCCUCUUCUUCUGACGACGACGGCGGCCCCGCCACCAGCCGGAGCAGAAAUGCGAGGAAGAAGCGCAGAAAGGCGGCGGAGGACUUCGGCGGAGUGUUGCCGUUGGGAUUUCUGGAUCCCUUGCCUACUACUACUAAGCAGGCGCUGCCGAGCGAGCGGUUGUGUUUGGAGUUUCCGUCGUCGAGAGUGAACGCCGUCCCGCAGACGAGUGUGAAGCAGUUCUGGAAGGCGGGGGAUUACGAGGGGGCGCCCGGCGGUGCUUGGGAUUCUUCUAAUGGUGGCAUGGACCAUGCCAGAAUACAUCCCAGAUUCUUACAUUCGAAUGCCACCAGUCAUAAGUGGGUUCUUGGAGCUUUUGCGGAGCUCUUGGAUAACUCGUUGGAUGAGGUCUGCAAUGGAGCUACGUACGUCAACGUAGAUAUGGUCCAAAGCAAGAAAGAUGGGAACAAAAUGUUGUUGAUUGAAGAUAAUGGCGGUGGAAUGGACCCGGACAAAUUACGCCACUGCAUGUCUCUUGGUUAUUCCGCAAAGAGCAAAAUUGCAGAUACAAUUGGUCAAUAUGGCAAUGGCUUUAAGACAAGCACUAUGAGACUUGGAGCUGAUGUUAUUGUAUUUUCUCGACAUUGUGGGAAAGAUGGGACAAGGCCUACACAGAGCAUUGGAUUGCUAUCUUAUACGUUUUUGAGGAGCACAGGAAAAGAAGACAUUGUUGUUCCCAUGCUUGAUUAUGAAAGGAAAGGACAAGAUUGGAAUAGGAUGGUCCGUUCAUCUACUAUUGACUGGAGUCGAAAUGUUGAGGCGAUAGUCGAAUGGUCUCCCUUUUCAAGUGAAGCAGAUCUUCUUCGGCAGUUCAAUGAGAUGCAAGACCAGGGCACUCGUAUAAUCAUAUACAAUCUUUGGGAAGACGAACAGGGCCUGCUGGAAUUGGACUUCGACGCGGAACCACAUGAUAUUCAAAUUAGAGGUGUCAACAGAGACGACAAGAACAUAGAUAUGGCAAAGAAAUAUCCCAACUCUAAGCAUUUCCUUACAUACCGGCAUUCAUUGAGGAAUUAUGUAGCUAUCCUCUACCUAAGGAUUCCUCCUGGCUUUCGAAUCAUUUUGCGCGGUGAAGAUGUCGAGCACCAUAAUAUUGUGAAUGAUAUGAUGAUGUCACAGGAAAUUACGUACCGACCUCAGCCUGGUGUUGAUGGAAUUCCCGGUCAUUCGAAUAUGGUUGCUAUAGUUACUGUUGGGUUUGUGAAGGAUGCCAAAGCUCACAUUGAUGUCCAGGGGUUUAAUGUCUAUCACAAAAAUCGUCUUAUCAAGCCAUUUUGGAAAAUUUGGCAUCCUGCUGGUAGUGAUGGUCGUGGAGUUAUAGGUGUGCUCGAAGCCAAUUUUAUCGAACCAGCUCAUGAUAAACAAGGUUUUGAGCGGACUAUAGUUCUCGCAAGACUCGAGACACGAUUAAUACAAAUGCAGAGGACAUAUUGGUCCUCAAACUGUCAUAAAAUAGGCUAUGCUGCUCGAAGCAAUAAAAAGGGUAAUAAUGAAGAUAGCUCGGCCGAUUUUCCUGGGUUAAACAAGGGAAGUUUUUCUGCAAGUGAAAAGGGACAGCCCAAGUUUGUGGACAAGGGCAAAAAUAACGGGCAUGUAAAUGGCAAGGAGGAUGUGAGAGCACAACCUAGGAAAAGACCGAGUUAUGCUGACCUGUCAUCAUCUUCUGUAGAGUAUGUUAGCGAUAAUGAUGACGUGCACAACCACACUUCUAAAAAGAAGCCAUCUGUUUUGAAAAGUCGUGACUCUCCUACUGAGAUGCAUUCCCAAACAACUGGAUAUUUAAACUCACAGGAGAACGGUUUUACGAACAAUGAGUUCUCACCGUCAAGUUCCAGCUCUCUUGCUCUAGUAGCUAAGUUGAAAGAAGAGAAUCUCCAGUUGAGAGAGAGAUUGAAAAGAAAAGAAACAGAUAUUCUCGAUGAUCUGCUUCGCGAUUUACAGCAAGAAAAAGAAAGAUCAAAGUCUCUUGAGGCUCAGUUGGAACAGGCGAAUCGAAAGUACGAGAAUCUAACUAGAGAGCAGGAAACUUUGGUAGAUAUAUUUUCAGAAGAGAGGCAGCGCCGUAAUAUCGAGGAGGAAAAUCUGAAAAAUAAAUUAAAGGAUGCAUCGAACACCAUUCAACAGUUGAUGGACAAGUUGAGGUUGUUGGAGAGAGGAUCUUCAAAUGGUAGAUAAGGCUUUUGAUUAUAUCAAUUAUAUAGUUAUUGUUAUAAUAUAUUAUAUAUAUAUAAUAUGCACACUUGUUUUUAAGUGUGUAUGGUGUCAUGCUGUGUAUACCGUAGGAUUAGCGACUAAUCGAACUGCACCAGUUACAUAUCACCUUUGAUCGCGCGAAAGGGAUGACCUUCCGUAGUUGUAUCAAUAAGCUCUGCGUAUUAGGGGUAGAUUAGUCAUUACAUAUCUGGUGUAAGUUCUAACUGGUUGUAACUUAUAAGUUAUAACUAGACUAAGUCUCUUGCAUUUUCUCCUAUUUCAUGGAUUAUUUUAAGAAGAUAUUUGAUUGUGGAUCGUUCUCCGGAUCUUUCUCG